GAGGCCAGAGGAGGGGCCCCCGCUCUCCUUCUCCCGUGACCGAGGAGCGCGGUGGGCGCAGCUGGGGCUGUCCCCUCCUGCCACCGCGCAGCCGUCCCCGGGUCGGGCUUCUCCCCGCUCAGAGGCAGCUGCGCUGGAGGAGCCUCUUUGCCUGGCCGAGCAUCCUCCCGCCGUGCGGAUGAGGACGGAGGGAGGGAGGUGGGGACCGCCGGCAUCUGCCUCGCCGACCACAGCACAAUAGGCUGAGCCUCCUUGGGGGGCGGCGGAGCCCCCCCUUCUCUGGGGACCAGACCCUCUCCCCGGCCACCAUGGUGGUUUUCAUGGGCAGGAACCUCUCCUCGCUUCUGGCUUUCUUCAAGAAGAAGGGCGCUGCCAAGGGCGAGGGCGAGAAGCGGCUGAGUGUGCAGUACACGGCGGGCGAGGAAUGUCCCGACAACGUCUUCUUCCCCAGCACGCGGCCCCCGCACCUGGAGGAGCUGCACAACCAGGCUCAGCAGGGGCUGAAGUCCCUGCAGCACCAAGAGAAGCAGAAGCAGACCAAAAGUGCCUGGGACCACGGGGACACCAGCAGCCUCCAGUCCUGCGCGUUCUCGGAGGAUGACAGUGUGUCCAUCCGGAGCCGGGCGGCCUCCUGUGCCACGGACAGCACCUCUGAGGACGCCCUCUCCAUCCGCUCCGAGAUGAUCCAGCGGAAAGGUUCCACCUUCCGACCGCACGACUCCUUUCCCAAAUCCUCGGAGAGGGGUGGCAAGAAGAGGAAGGACAGGAGGACGACGGUGCUGGGCAUCCCCCAACAUGUCCAUAAGGAGCUGGGUCUCAGGAACAGCCACGAAGCCAAGGGCCAUCCCGGGGCUGACGGGCGAGGGCCGGCGGGGCGCGGGGGCAGCCAGGCAGCGCAGCCCUUGCUGAACGGUGGGCAGGUCUCGGGCGACGCCGUCCGCAUCCCCACCAUCGACGGGAAGCUGCAGCCUCUGGCUGUGCCCGGCGGCGCCCGCGUCUGCCUGGGAGCCUUGGAGGAGGCAGACGCGGCCCUACAGAAGCACAUCAACAGGGUUUACUACGACGACACGUUGGUGGGGAGGAAGACAGCGGCCAAGCUGUCGCCCAUGCUGAGGCCCAAGUCACUGGCCGUGCCGGGCAUGACCACCUACGCCAACCACCCGGAGGUGGCGAUAGGCCCCGUGAUGUCCAUCUCGCCCCAGGGCACUUACAUGUCCAAGAUCAUCCCCAACGCCAUCCUGCCGCCCAUGGUGGACGUGGUGGCCCUGACGCGGAGCAGCGUGCGGACGCUGAGCCGCUGCAGCCUCGUGUCCUCCAGCCCGGCCUCGGUGCGAUCCCUCUCCCGCUUCUCCGAGCGCAGCGCCCGCAGCCGCGAGCCCUCCUCCUCCAGCGACAACUGGAGCCACUCGCAGUCCACGGAGACCAUCGUCUCCAACAGCUCCACCAUCUCCUCCCAGGGCGGCUGCGACCACCGGCAGCACGAGGCGGGGCCACACGGCGAGGUGGACGCCGCGGCUCGCUCCGAUACUGACCAGAUCAGCGUCUACAGCUCCGCCAGCUUCGCCAGCUCCUGCUCCAAGCCCCCCGGCCUCACACCUGGGGCCUCGCUGGCCGUGGGGAGCAGCAGCGGCCGGGUGUCCCCUGCCUACAGCAUGAGCAGCCAGGCGGACGGCUCGGACACAGGCAGCCUGGCCAGCGAGCGCUCCUCCGCCCGCAGCGUCUCUCUCAGAAAGAUGAAGAAGCCCCCGGCCCCCCCUCGCAGGACCUACUCACUGCACCAAAAGGAUGAUGGGGAGCCCAAGGUGCUGGGGCUGCCCCCCAAGCCCGACCGGCGGCCCCAGCGGGAGAGCAGCGCGCCCUGGUCCCCGCGCCCCGAGCCCUUCAGCCCCACGGCCGAGGAUGAGGUGUUCUCCCCAUCGUCGCUGAGUGAGACCAGCAGCCUCCAUUCCGAGAGCCUGGCUGGGGCCAGCUCCCCCGAGGCCUCACGGGGCCGCCCCGGGGUGACUGUGGUGCUGAGGGAGCCCCAAGCUCAGCCCAAGUGGAGCUGCCCGGAUGGGUCUGACCGCACCAUGUCCCCCUCCAGCGGCUACUCCAGCCAGAGCGGGACGCCCACACUGCCCACCAAGGGGCUGGGACCCCCAUCUGUGUCCCCAGGCAAGUCUCAGCCCCAGAAGCCAGACCGGGUCUGCUCCCUUCAGUCGCCUGCGCUCUCCGUGUCCUCCUCCCUCACCUCCAUCUCCUCCUCAGCCUCGGACCCGACGCCCCCCGAGGCGCUGACCUGCCGCUCGGACCGGUUCAUCAUCCCGCCGCACCCCAAGGUUCCCGCUCCCUUCUCCCCACCACCCACCAAGCCCCAGCAGCCCCCGGCCCCCGCCGGCCCCCUCCUGCCCUCGUCAGACCCCCCAGCGCCCAGCACUGCCUGCCAGGAGCCCGGGGCCAAGCCCAGCGGCAAAUCUCCACCUCCAUCGCCGCCUCCUGCCUACCACCCGCCUCCCCCGCCAGCCAAGAAGGCGGAGGGGAGCCCCCAGACCACCGGGGAGCCCCCCGCCGACACCGCCUGGCCCCCGCCACCACCGCCGGCUCCCGAGGAACACGACCUGUCCAUGGCAGACUUCCCCCCUCCGGAUGAAUCCUAUCUCUCCAGCCUGCCCGAUGCCACCUCGGCUCCGGCGGACGGGCAGAAAGCGACACCGAGCCCGGAGGCUGCGCCUUCACCAUCCUCGUGCAGCCAACAGCAAGUCCCACCAGCCGGGGCACCGCAGCCCCCGUGUCCCGCCGAGCCCCUUCCCGAGGCCACCGUGCCGCCGCCGCCGCCGCCUCUCCCGCCACCCUCGGCUCCGGCUCUGCCACCCCAAAUCAGCCUUAAGAAGGCGGCCAACGGCCCGCGGGCGGACGCCAGGAAGGAGCCGGUGUCGCGGAGCAAGAGCGGCCCCGUGCCCAAGGAGGACGCCAGCCUGCCCAUCGUCACGCCCUCGCUGCUGCAGAUGGUGCGGCUGCGCUCCGUCAGCGUGGAGCCGCCGGCCGGGGCCGAGGAGCGCCCGGCCCCGCAGAAGCCCGUCCGCCGGUCCCUGUCCACGCGGCAGCCCCCUCCUGCCAAAGACACGGUGCCUUCCAACCCGCUCCACCACGCCGUGCACCUCAGGGCGGCCGCCUUGGCCUCCGGCGGGGCCGCGGAGAAGCCGCCCGGCGGCCAAGCGGCCCAGCCCGGGGGGGCCCCUGAGGAUGGGCAGCUCUCCCCCAGGAACAAGUCGGCGGCCUCCACCGCCAGCUUCAUCUUCGCCAAGAGCUCCAGGAAGCUGGUGAUCGAGACGGCCUCGUCCCCCGAGGCACAGGCCGACCUGAAGAGGAACUUGGUGGCCGAGCUGAUGAAUUUCUCGGGGCAGCGCUCGGCGGCUCCGGCGGCCGCCCCGCAGGGCCCUGGCAAGGCACAAGCCCACCGAAAACCCGGCAAGGUCCCCCCUCCGGUAGCCAAGAAGCCUUCGCUGGGCCCAGGGCCGGCUCCUUCCCCGCUGAGCCCAAAGGCAGCGGGGGCAGAGGCGCUGGGCUCCCCGGUGCCGGACGGGAAUGCCAUGGCAGUGCCGGCGGAUGAGAGCAGGACUAAGAGCGAGCUGGCAGGGACGGUGGGGACGGAAGGCAGGGACACCACGGAGCCGCCAGCUCAGAGCCUCCCUGCACAAGAUGGACGGGGAGAGACGGCCUGAAGGACGAUGCUGCAGGACUGGUGCCCCCACGGACAGGAAUCCAAAUCUCUCAGGGACCUGGGCAGGUCAACGGACGAGUGUGGAACUGGCAACUAACUUAAUACAGGAAGCAAACAGCCUUAGCCUCCACGGCCUUGAUGAUAUUUAUGCAAAAAUGGUGUUGGUUUCACUUUCCUAAGUACUACAGCUUUAUUUUGCUUUUUUUUUUUACUGGACUCGAGGCCUGUGCCCAGAGCCAGCACCUCCUCCCUGCCAGGCUGCUGCUUGGUCUGGGCGUGCGGAGCCGAGAGGAGUUUGGGGACCGAAGACACCAGAGGUGGGACCACUCUGCUCCAGGCCUGCGAGGAAUUGAAGCACUUUGGACAAGGGAAUGGGAAGGCUUUGGCCACGGCAGUGCCCGGGGGGGAUGCAAACAGGAGCAGGACGGGAUGGAGGCACUGGUUGGGAGGGACCAGGGCUUUGUCCCCUGAUGGAGAGGCAAGAGGGGCUUGUGGCCAGUGCCGGCUCCGGCCACUCGCCACUGCCCAUCCCAGCCAUCCUGCAGCCACGCUGGCCACAGGGUGAGGGGGAGCCUGGCUGCCCGUUGAGCUGGUCUUCAGGCCCUGGGCUCUGGGGUGGAGCCUCGAUUCUUUCUGUAAACUCGGGUCACAUUUUGAUUUCUUUUGAUUGUAAAAAAAAAACAACCAAACCAACCAACCAACCAACAACGAACCAACAAACCCAACCAAACCAAACCAAAAGCAACCGACCCUCUGCCGCCGAGUAGCUGCUCAGAGCUCUGUACCUGGCUGGUAAAAAUGAUGACCUAA